CUUGUACAUAUAUUCUACAAUACAUCGGGGAACAGGAAUUCCAUCCGCACACGACACAUUUGUACAUACUUGAACCGGCAGGCUGUGAUCAUUUGGACCGUUAUAAUCAAAUUCCUUCAAAAAAUACACAUCAACGCAGCUGAAAAGUGAUAGCAGAGCCAGUGCCGUAGGCUGUCCCCAAUCCAUGGAAGUCCUUUUUAGCAUUCAUGGCCUGUGCCAAGGAGACGACGAUAUCGGUGGUACUACGCUGGAGUUGACGUCGAUCGCUCCGUGUGUUCCGGUCACAAGACCGCGCCGAUGACCCGAUGGCAACAGUUAGCUGAGCGACUACUUUCCCCGCUCAGUCUGCCAUCACCUGAGCUAGUCCUGCCGUAAUAUUUCAAGGUCGAACAAUUCCCUCCCUGCUUGGUGUAACUUUCCACCCCUGACUGGUUAAAUGUCCGUCGUUCUUGAGCAGGUUCAGCGUCCACGACUCGUGAAUGAUCUCAUCCCUGUCAUCCUCGAGAAUAGUAGCGAUUGGUGGCCCCAGGACCUCUUGUCUCUCUCCAUCGUGUCUUUCUCUUGGCUGCAUGCCAUCAGGAAGAGACUUUACGCUAUCCCCGUCCUUCUAUCUUAUCGUUCAUGCGCCUUACUCGCCGAAACGCUUGAAAGAAAUGACCACCUCCUUGGCUUGGUCAAAGGGAUCGAUAUUCGCCCACUUCGCACCGGCUGGCCUGAAAGUGGCCGACCGUCCACGAAGCAGAUGGCCAGCAUCAGGUUCAUUUUGAGUCUGGAAGGUCUGGAAUGUGUAACACUGGGCGGGGAGCUGGCAGUCUCGGCGCACAGGUACCUCAAUGCAAUGUCGCAUCCGCAAUGCGUGAGGCGACUGUGCAUAGACGGAACGUUGAGGAAGGAGUCUCUACAUUCACCUCCAUCCCUGGAGUGGGACGAAGUCCUUGCAUUCAAGUUCGCCGCGCUGGAGAGUCUGAAACUCUCGAAUCUUGACCUUGAUAUUCUAUUCCCUUCCAUUCCGUAUCCUCUACGGGUCACCUCUCUCUUUUUGGAUACCGUCCGUAUAACCAACGGUCGUUUGAUCCACCUUCUUCACGAGACUUGUUCAUUGACACAACUCUGGGUCACGACCGAGAGAAGUGAUGAUUUCCAUGAGCAGAUCCGGCCAAUGUUGGACUUUCAUCCUAUUGAGGAUUUGCAUUACGAGAUGCAGUGUGAUGACCCUCUUCCUUUCGAUCUGUCGUCUUUCCAAAGUCCCAUUCACAUUUCCUUAUCACGCCUUUCCCUUAUUGACACGCCUGUUUGCCCUGCAACGUUGCAGUCGAUAGAGCAGUGCUUUCCAACGUUGGAGAAGCUCGUUGUGACUGGGAGGAGCAGCCGAGUCACAGCCGAAGAAUGGGCUAUGUUUGUAAGCUCGACAACAUUGUCUACUCUUCGAGAGCUUGGACUACCCAACGGAACGAAUUACCCUCCUUUUCAGCGAUGGUCGUCCUUGACAGAAAUACCGGUGCGAAAAGAAUCAUCUCUUCGAGGUAUUCAUUUGUCAUUCAGUGGGUAAAUGGAAUUCGAGGAAUUUGAAGCUUCGUAUGUCACGGCCGUUUUUAAAUAUUCCGAUGGAUCACAUACCAUACUUUCCGAGUUACAGAUUACAGUCUUGACGCUGACACAUACUACGUUAUGUACAUUAUAGUAUUUCAAGCAGAAAUACAGCAAUAUUGGGUUACGCGUGCUGGUAAGUUGAAUAGAUAGAUGAUCAAGAGAUAGACUACUGCCCUAUCGCCAAAAUAGGAAAGAG